AUGCUCCACGCAGCGCAAGGCCCGGACGCGCGGCCCCGCCGGCCGCAGGAGGGGUCGGCCCCGCCUUUAGAUUAUAAAAGAGAAGAUGAUUCCCUAUUGGAAGAGCUGUUUCCCGAAAAGACGACUAUCACUGAACCAUCCGAGACUCAACACCUAUCAUUCCUUGAAUCGGAUACUCCAUCUUCAGAAAGUACUGAGUUACCUGUGGACUGGAGCAUUAAAACUCGACUCCUUUUUACCUCUUCUCAACCCUUUACCUGGGCAGAUCACUUGAAAGCACAGGAAGAAGCUCAAGGUCUUAUCCAACAUUGUAGGGCAGUAGAAGUUACUUUGCCCCAAAAUAUUCAGGAUCCCAAACUCUCCACUGAUUUACGGUGUGCCUUCCAGCAGAGUCUUGUCUACUGGCUCCACCCUGCCUUGUCUUGGCUACCACUGUUCCCUCGUGUUGGAGCUGAUAGAAAAAUGGCUGGUAAGACAAGCCCUUGGUCAAAUGAUGAAGGCUUGCAGCACAUUCUAAUGAGUGACUGGUCUGUGAGCUUUACUUCUCUGUAUAAUCUGCUGAAGACAAAACUCUGUCCCUACUUCUACGUUUGUACCUACCAGUUUACUGUCCUAUUCCGAGCAGCAGGAUUAGCAGGGAGUGAUGUCAUCACAGCUGUCCUAUCUCCUACGACAAGAGGAUUGAGAGAAGCUAUGAAAAAUGAAGGCAUUGAAUUUUCCCUGCCUUUAAUAGAAGAAAAUGCUCUUAAGAAGAAAGUAUAUGGAACAAGCUUGGGACACGGGGAGGAGCAAGCAGGCAGUGAUGAAGAUGAAGAGGAAAGCUUUUCUUGGCUGGAAGAAAUGGGUGUACAAGAUAAAAUUAAAAAGCCAGAUAUACUCUCCAUCAAACUACGUAAAGAGAGACAUGAAGUACAAAUGGAUCACAGACCUGAGUCUGUUGUGUUGGUGAAAGGAAUCAACACCUUCACAUUGCUAAACUUUUUGAUUAACUGUAAGAGUUUAGUUUCUACCUCAGGUGUACAGGCAGGACUUCCACCAACUCUGUUAUCACCUGUGGCUUUCCGAGGUGCCACAAUGCAAAUGCUUAAGGCACGAAGUGUUAGUGUAAAGACACAAGCCCUUUCUGGAUACAAAGAUCAAUUUAGCUUGGAGAUUACUGGUCCAGUCAUGCCUCAUGCUCUACAUUCUGUAACUAUGCUCCUCAAAUCUUCCCAGAAUGGGUCAUUCUCUGCAGUACUGUAUCCACAUGAGCCAACCACUGUAUUUAAUAUCUGCCUGCCACUGAGUAAGGCACUAGAUAAAGAAGUUGUCCAUAAGGAGCUUGCUAAUUGUGGUUUGCACACUGAGACUCUGAAACAAUUUAGUCAAAUACCAGUACUGGGGAAAUCAUCUUUACGAAAUGUGGAAAUGAGUGACUACAAUUAUAAAUGGAGAUCCUGAACACCAAAGUAAGCCUAAAAGGAUUCUUUGAGGAAAAACCUCCUAGCAAGGAAAUUCAAGAUUCUGUUAAGCCUUUGACUUUUAAAGUUCAUUUCAGGAAUAUACUUACUUAAAAAUACUGAAAUAUUUAUAUAAUUUCUUUUAUUACAAGGACUGAGCAGUAGCACUAAGGUUUAAAGUCAACAUUUGAUUUUACUAUUUUCAUAGUAUUUUCUGGUAUGAAGAGGACAAACUUUUUAAACCUUAAAUAACUUGGAGGAACAUUCUCUCUGCAACCUAAUUGUAAACUUGGUGGAAAUCUGAAUUAAAGACAGUGUUUCAUUA